AUGUUCGCGCGGAGCAAGGGAAAAAGGGCAGGGAGUAUAAGCGAGGAGAGCGAGGUCGUGGCGCCGUCGCCGGAAUGGCGGCGCGACUUGUCCACGGGUUCCGAUACAGUCACAUCGUCGGAUGUCGGGCCGGCGAUAUCCGGACCGUCCGAUGGCGGCGAGGCGGAAGUUACCAGCGCCGCCCCCCCCGUCACCCCGUCCGCCUCCGCCGCCGCUGCCACCGACUCCGGUGGCGGCGGCGCGGAUAGGGAUAGCGCCGCCAGCGCCGCAUCGGUCGCCGCAAGCGACGGCGCGACCGGCGCUAGCGGCGGUCGGCAGCAGCCGCUUCUCCCCGCAGAUGCGCGCGCGGCGCUUGAGGAGCUCCAGACGACGGUCAUGGCGCUGCGCGACGCCACGCGCGAGGCGUGCCGCGUUGCGCGGCUGCUGCUGCUACUAGACGCGGCGGCGCGCAUGGCGGCGCUCCAGCGCAUGGUGCGCGCGGUGGGGGACGCGCUGAGCCAGCCCGCGCUGCUGUCGCUCAUGUCCUCCUGCCUCGCGCCCGCGGACGCCGCCAAGCUGUCGGAGCUGCGCGCGCGCAUGCAGGCCGCGUCGUUCGAGGCGGAACCGGAGGUGGCGCAGCUGUGCGCGCUGCUGAAGCGCGCGGUGAUGAGCACGGGGAUCGUGGGCGGACUCGUCAGCACCAGGGGCGGAUCCGUUUCCGCCGCCGCCGCGCGCGCCUAUAGCGACGGGCAGGUGGCUCUAUCGAAGGUGAUCGUACACUUAGGAUUAAGCGAGGUAGGCGGGGAAGGGGGCGGGGGAAAGGGAGCGGAGGGGGUUAGCGGGGGAGGAGGCAUGGAAGGGGAUAUGGGAGAUGCAGAGAAGAGAAAAUCCUCCCACGCUUACCCGCAUCACCAGCAACACCACCACCACCACCACCACCAUCAUCACCUCCAUCACCAGCAUCAGCAGCAGCAGCAGCAGCAGCAGCAGCAGCAGCAGCAGCAGCAGCAGCAGCAGCAGCAGCAGCAGCAGCAUCAGCAGCAGCAGCAGCAGCAGCAGCAGCAGCAGGGGCAGCAGGGGCAGGAUCAAGAAGUGAACGGCCCUGCGCGGUCCGCUCUAGCAUUGCCUGUAGCGAUUCUUCUCCAGGAGGUGCAUUUAGACCUAGCUCUAGCCAAGGAGGUGGAGGAGAGGAACCGCGACGUGGAGAAGUUACGAGCGCUAGAGUGCCUCUUAACCAUCUUGCAGGCGCAUGUAGGGGUUGUUGAGAUUCCACCAGCCUCGCACUCUCAAUUCCCGGGAGCCGUUUCUGUUUCUGGUUCUGCUGCUGCUUCGGCGGCUGCUGCGUCGGGUGGUGCUGGUUCAGGCACAGAGCGCAGUGCGAUGGGUGGUGGGGGUAGUUUUAACAGUAGAAGCCUGGCGGCGCUUCUGGGCGGCGGAGCAAGGGGGGAAGCAGGCGGGAAAGAGGAGGGAGUAGGUAGAGGGGAAGCAGGGGAGAAUGCUGGCGCAGGGGCGGAGGAGGGAGGUAGGAUAACGCGCGGCGGCGGCGGCGGCGGCGGCGGCGGUGGUGGUGGCGGUGUUAGCAGCAGCAGCAGCAGCGGCGGAAUAGCAGUAUCAGCGCGGAGGGCAGCAGGGCAGCGCAUGAGGAAGUGGGCGUCCAUGAAAGCAGCGCACAGAGCAGCAGCCAACACCAGUGGACAGAGCAAUAAGUCUACAUCAGGCCAUGAGUCCUUCUCUGGUCCUGGCGAUCGCCCUGUGGAAACCCCCGAGGGGCCUGUUCUGCCUAAGCUAGCCUUGCAGGUGCAGCGCGAAAUGGCUGGCGAAGUGAAGCCGGAGCUGCGCUGCGCGUUAACAGGGUUACCGCUGCAGCAGCCGGUGGUGCUGGUGGAGAGUGGGGUGGUGUUUGAGCGCGUGGCGAUCGAGGCGUAUAUUGCCUGCGUGCGGGCGACUGGGGGCGGGAGAGAGGGGCUGAGUAGCAGGGGUGGGAGGGAGAAGGAGACGGGAGGGGGUGGAGGAGGGGAAGAUGCAGUAACUUCCGCUGCUGCUGCUGCCGCUGCUGGUGUUGGGGCAGCAGCGCAUUGGCUGAGAGCGGAUAUUCAGGCGCACCAGAAGAAAGUGGAGGCUGCUACGAUCGACCGUGCUAUUGAGGUCAUGAGGCGACAUGUUGACGCGACUGAUGCUGCUGCCGCCGCCGCCGCUGCUGCUGCUGCUGCUGCUGCUGCUGCUGCCAAGGCUGCUGGUGGUGCUCCCCCUGCUGGCGCCAAGUCUGCUGGUGCCGCUGCUGCUGCUGUUGCUGGUGCUGGUGCUACAGCAUCUGUAGCAGCAGUGGAGGUGGAUGGGGAGAGUGAAGCAGGCAGGGAAAAGGAAAGGGAGGAGGAAGCAGCAGGUGCAGGUACAGAAGCAGCAGCAGGGGAAGAAGCAGCAGCGGCCGCGGAGGUCACUGUAGGGGAAGAAGCCAAAGCGGAAAGGGCGGCUUCAGGGGCCGGGGCAGAUGCUGCUUCAGCUACGAGCCAACCCAGUGAUGCUGCUGAGAGCAAGAGCGAGAGCAGAGACGACAGCAAGGGCGAAAUCAAGGGCGAGAGCACGGGCGAGAGUGAGGGCGAAAGCAGGGACGGCAGGGAGGGGAAGGGAGGGGAGGAGCGGGUGGAAGAAGCAGAAGAGGAAGGGGGGCAUAAGGAGGGCAAAACAGGAGAGGCUGAGGCAGGGGCGGAGAGGGACGGGGAGGCGGAGGCGGAGGCGGAGGCGGAGGCGGAGGGGGAGGGGGAGGGGGAGGGGGAGGGGGAGGCGGAGGGGGAGGCUGUGGCGGUAGCAGUGGAGGCGGUUGAGGUGCUGACAAUGAGGGACGAGCAGCUGGGGCUCAGGCUGGUGGAGGGCGGCGGGGUGCCGCUGCUGAUUGCGCUGCUGGGAGCGGAGAAACGGGUGCACGUGCGCGAGCAUGUGCUCCUGUCGCUGCGGAAUCUGGCGUGCCUGGGAGGAGAUAUACAGGACAUGCUGAUAGAGCACGGGGUGCUGGCUCCUCUAGUGGCAGUGCUGGCGGAGAAUGCAGCAGACGCGAUGGCGGGCGUGCAGGUGCUGCAUGAGCUCGCCACGGGGGAGACGCACCGCCGCGCCAUCUCCGCUGCCCAGGGGGACCUCGAGCUCAUCCGCCUGCGCUCCCGCCACAAGGAGGCGGGCGACCAGGUGGCGGAGCUGUUAGACACAGUGCUGCGGCUGUUCUGGGAGGGCGAUCCGUCAGUGGCAGUGCACAUGGCGGCAGCAGGCCUCAUGGACCCUCUCGUCACGCUCAUUGCGCCCGGCAACGACAUGGACACAGUUCUGCUCAUGGCCGAUGCAGUCAUGUCCUGCGGCAUCACCAAGGUCUCCCGCAUCGCGCUCGUGCAAGCAGGCGUCCUCCCACCCCUCAUCCACAUGCUUUCGCACGCGCCACCCAACGCGCGCACCAUGGCCGCCCGAGCCAUAGAGCACCUCUCCCACACCGAAGCUAACCGCGUGGCCCUCGCCAAGGCUGGAGUCAUCCCCGCCCUCGUCCGCUGCCUCGGCCGAACCAUGCCGGGCGAGCUGCGCGGCGCGGCCCAAGCCACCCUCGCGAACCUAGCCAUGGACGACCAGGAUUUAGAGACUCUGGAUGAGGAGGGGACGGUUGUGCGGCUGCUUACUAUGCUCCGUGUCGGGCCUGCGACGAGCCGAGAAUACGCGGUGAAGACUCUAGAGUUUGUCACUCGAGACGAGGAGAAUCGGCACAUGAGAACAACUGUGUUGGAGGAUGAAGGGGCGGUGGGGGCGAUAGUGUCCGCGCUGAGCGAUGCCGUGCGGGCUACAGGCGGGGCUGUGAGCUCCACGCAUUUCACCGCGGGGGCUUUAAGAGCCAGCGCGCUGUUGCUGCUGCAGCACCUGGCGAAAGAGCCGAUGGCGGCCGCGGCAAUGGCGUCUGUACCGGAGGCAGUGCCGCUGCUAGGGCAGCUGCUGGUGCUGGCACUGCCGCAGGAUGAGCAUGAGGCUGUGGUGAUGGUUCUCGGGGCUAUGGCUGCGGAUAAGGGGAUGAGAUGGCGGGUGCGGAAGCUGCGGCAUUUGCUGCUGUGUAUGAGAAGGUUGCUUCCCGGGGCUGAUGCAGCCAUUGCUGCUGCUGCCGCUGCUGCGAAAUCAGCAGCGGCGGGAGGAGGUGGAGGAGUAAGCGGAGGAGCAGCAGGGCUGCUUCAGCAGCAGCAGCAGCAGCAGCAGCAGCAGCAGCAGCAGCAGCAGCAGCAGCAGCAGCAGCAGCAGCAGCAGCAGCAGCAGCAGCAGCAGCAGCAGCAGGUGGGAGCGGGUGACGGGGCUGCUGCUGCUGGAGUGGCAGGUACGGGGCGGCUUGUGGGGCGGGUGUUUGGUGGGGGAAGGAAGGGGGGUAGUGGUGGCGGGUCGUCUCUGUUAGGGUCGUCCCUCCUGAGUGGAGGUGUGAAGAAAGGAGGCCGAUCCGGUCUUGGUCUGAACAAAAGCAAAGGGGCGGGUGGUGGUGGUGCAGGUGGUGGCAGUGGCAGUGGCAGCGGCAGUAGAGAUGGCAAGGGGGGAUCGGAUGGUGGCUCUGCUGCUGCUUCUCAGGCUGCUGCUGCUGCUGCUUCUGGUGCUGCUGCUGCUGCUGCUUCUGGUGCUGCUGCUGCUUCUGGUGCUGGUGCUGGUGCUGGUGCUGGUGCUGGUGCUGGUGCUGGUGCUGGUGCUGGUGCUGGUGCUGGUGCUGGUGCUGCUGCUGCUUCUGGUGCUGGUGCUGGUGCUGGUGCUGGUGCUGGUGCUGGUGCUGGUGCUGGUGCUGGUGCUGGUGCUGCUGCUGCUGCUGCUGGUGGUGCUGCCGGUGCGGCUGGUGUCGGGGCCGUGCAAGAAGCCGUCCUACGUGGCGUCGCGGCAUUGGCCGACCCCGACGACCCAGCAAUGCAGCAAGAGGUGGCACGGCUGGGCUUCCUCCCUCUCGCCGUUCAUCACCUGAGGGUCGGGCCCGACGCUCUCCGUAUCCCCGCUGCCCGCUUGCUGGAAAACCUCUCUCUUUCCUCCCCACGCCUCUCCCGCCUCCGCGCUCUCGCCCACUCCUCCCCUGCUGCCGCCGCCGCUGCCGCUGGUGCUGCUGCUGGGCCUGGGCUUGGGCAUGGGGUUGGUGCUGGUAACGCAGCAGCAGGAGUGGGAAGAGCUGGAGCUGCUGCUGCCGCUGCUGCUGCUGCUCGAGGGGGCUUUGGGCAGGGGUUGGUGGCGCCUGCACUGGCAGGGUCUGGGAUGAGGGGUCAGGCUAGUCAGCACUGUUACUCAGGGCCGCUGAGCUCAUGGCAGGAAGCAGAAUCGCCUGUGGGUGAUGCUAAUGCUGGAGGUGGGGAUGGGGGUGGGGGUUGGGGUGGAAGGGAGGGGAAGGAUGUGGGAGUGGAAAAGGGAGUGGGUACGGGUGUUGCCAGGGGGAACCUGAGAGGGGAGGCUGGUGCUGCAAGGGAGUCUGUGCCUAGCUGUGCUGGUAGUGAUCCGCAAGUGGGGGCAGCGGCUGCUGCUGUUGCUAUUAAAGCUGUGAACUGGCAGGGAGAAGGGGAAAAGGGUGGUCGAGAGGAAGCAGGAGCAGCAGGAGGAGGAGAUAAACGGGUGGGUGGGGAAGGGGUUAGCUGGAGGCAAGAGCUUGAGAACAGUGAUGUGCAACAACAAAAAGAAGCUCAGCAGCAGCAGCAGCAGCAGCAGUGCACGAGUGGUGCGAAUCCGGAAGGCUCAAACACAGCCUGGAACUUCCUGGAUGAGCAUGAGAGUCCAAACCCUGCAGAACCACAGCAAGCCGCGGACAGCAAAAGAGCAGGCUCGAUACCCGAUAACACACCCAACGCUCCGAGCGACAGCGGUGGCGUGGGUGGUGUGAGUGGCGUGAGUGGGGAGAAAGGGGUGAGGGCGCGGAGAGGGGGGCCUACGCUGAACCUGCAAGUGGGUCAGCAUUCCGCAGCAGCGCUGCUCUCCCCACGCGUCUUCUUCCCCUUCCACACUGCCCUCUCCCCCCGCCAGUCCCCCUCCCCAACCUCCGCGGCGGCACAGCAGAGAGGCACAAAGGCCGGGGGAGCAGGGUUUCAGGGCUCUAGUGGAACGGGCGCGGGCGGUGCAAAUGGUGGGGGUGGUGGUGGUGGGGCUAGUGCGGCAGGUGGUGUGGCUGCUGGUGGGGGUGGUGGGGGUAAGCGGGGUCUCAUCUCGAGGCACAGGAAGAGCAACAGCGGCAGUGCGUUUGACCUGUUUGGGAGCGGCUCGCACAUGCGAGGCAGCAGCGACUCCAGCAGCAACGGCAGCUUGUUGUCAUCAGGGGGUCCCAACCUCUCCGCCUCCUUCCACCAUGCAUCCCUCGACUUCGGCCACCACUCCCAACCACCCCACCCGCUCACUCACAUUCCCGACUUCAGCCUUACAGAAUCACCAGAUUCCGCCGACGCACCGGCGCUUCUAAGCCCGCUCCCUCCCACCGACCCCCACUCCUCCUCCUCCUCUUCUCUCUCCACCCGUGGCCUUCUCUCACGCAACAUCCGUCUCCCGUCCCUCCUCGGCCUCCCCCAGCUCUACCGCUCCUGCAAGGUUCACGGCGGCAAGUGCUCCCUCCCCACCACCUUCUGCCUUCUCGACGACAACCUAAUCGACGUGCUCCUAGAGCUCGUCCGCCGCGCCACCACCAGCGUCGCAGAGGUCUCUCUCGCCGCCGUCGCGAGCCUUUUAGCCGACGACGCAUGCCACGAGCGCGCGGCCGAGUUUCUGGUGAAGCGGGAUGCGGUGGAGGUGGCGGCCACGAUGGUGGGGCGGUCGAAGGAGCUCACGCGCGUGGGCGUGUAUAUCCUCGAGAGGAUCUUCACGUUUGGCAAGUUCCGCAAGCCCAAGUACUCCCAACCGGCGGUGGCGGCGCUGGGGCGGUUCAUGACGACGGCGUCUGGGCAGUCUAGAAAGACUGCUGCGGAGACGCUCAUGCGCCUAGGGAUCCUGCACAAGGGGUCGCUUACUAUGGACUUGUGA